CGCUGGCAUUGGCAGUACUUCUCUUCUUCCCCUCCCAAGCCUGACCGGUUCUCCUGAGAGGCAUGGAGAGUCACAAUGGAACCAUCCAGCGAUGAUGCGGUAGCCUGUUCAGCCACGACUCCCUUGAUGGACUUAUCCGCUUCUUCCGACAAAACAACAACACAUGGCGAUCCCCCGACCCAACCGCUCGCUGCGAAUGCAAUGCGACCCUUGGAACUCCGAGACCGCGCCCUCGAUUUCUUAGCAACGGCCAGCAAUGAAACUCUUAUCGGUGUUUUCGCCCUUCUGGCUUUCGCGACAUAUGUCAUACUGGGCAGAGUGGGUCUAGUGCUCAUUGGAAUCGGAUUGGGUGUCAUCUUGCACGCAUCCUGGGAAGGUGUAGCUCAGACAAGAUCGAAUGACGAGUCCUCGACGCCCAAGAAGCGGAGGGAACUAGCCCUCGAAGUAUCCAAGAGACUCUUGGACUGGCCCAAACGCGAGACCUCUGCGCAGAUUACCACUGUCAAUCACAGCGGAACUGUUGUGGCCCCAGAGGAUCUAUCGGCAGUCGAUCUGGAAUUCACAACCUUUCAGCCUGCGACUGCCGCAGCUCUGCGGUCGCUCACGGAUGCGGUGGUCAAGGAUUAUGUCAAGCAUUGGUACGAACCAAUUCUUCCGAACGAAACUAUAUUUCCAGGCUCAUGCCGCAAAACCUUGACCUACUUUGUCACGACCAUCUCGUCCCACCUUUCGCGCAAACGAACCGAGGAUACAUUUCUACAGUUCCUGACAAAUUCCUCGUCAAUCAUAAUUGUAUUCCUGAAUGAAUUGGCUGCUGCAUUUGCCGCGGCUGACCCUUCGACCACGGAGGCGUCCCAGGUUGUUGAGCAAUACCUCAAAAAUUCGCCGGACAGUAGCCUUGCAAAUGUCCUAUCCGAGGAACAACAACGCAAAAAGCUCAACAUGGUUGCAGACGACAUUCUUUCGAAUUUCCUGGACUCCAAGGCUUAUAGCUGCUCCCCAGUACGGGAUUUCCUGCGAGAGGUCUUCGCCAGACUCGUGCUAGAGUCAACGGUCACCAGCCUCUCUCGCCCCGAGUUCAUCAACGACUGGAUCAUUUAUCUCUUCCAAGAUGGAGAAUCUGAAAUUAUGCAUGCAAUCGAUGCGGGCGUUGAGGGUGCACGUAAUCAGAGUGUCGGUUCGUCAAAGGUGUCCGAGGACUCGAAGAAGGCACUGCUGGAGUCUACUAAAGAAGAGAUCGCCUCGCAAACUGCUACGCAACCUUCAAGCAACAAGGAUAAAGCCACGGAAGAAGCUUUACGAGAGGCAAAACGCCUGAGUGCUUUGAUUGCAUCUCAAGAUGUUCAGGACUCGCUCAACAGACCAGUCAAUGAGGCCGUUCAAUCCCCAGAGCCAUCUAUAUCUGCAAAGAACAUCAGUGGCCUGAUCAAUCAGAACGCAAGUGAGCCCGCAGAGUUUACAGCAGCCCAUGAAGCUCCGGCAUCGCUACCUGUAUCCUCAAGUGCACAGACAGCAAACCUAGCUCCCUCUUCUCCUCGGGAGGAGACUGCAGCCGCACCUGUCACACUCCACGGCGCCAGGGUCUUGGUAGACGAUGAUGCCGCCCGCAACGAGAAAGGGAUCAUCAAAUCGCGGCCCACCUGGGAUUAUCUGCUUCAGAUCGAGCCCGCGUCGACUCGCGCGACAGGCUGGAUGGUGUUUCGCAAAUACGCAGACUUUCAAUCUCUCCACGACAUGCUCUCGACGGUUUCUCGACUGAACCAGAUUUACAGUUUCUCGGAUCAAUUCCCCACCCUGCCCUCUUGGAAAGGCAAGACCAGACAAGCUCUUGCGCAGGAUCUGGAGCGUUAUCUGCAGGAGGCGAUGAAGCACGAGUCACUCGCCGAAACUGAACGGAUGCGACGAUUCGUUGAAAAGGAAACCAGCGCUACCAAACAAGGAUUUUCCUUCCCGAGCCAAAGUGCCUUUGAGAAUAUGGGCAAAGAUCUGCUUGGAGCGCUCACUAAUGCGCCCAAAGGCAUGGCUGGCGGUGGCAGGGCGGUCUUGGACGGUGUCACUGGCGUCUUUGGAGGCGUUGGGCAUAAUAGAAAGCUGUCUAAUACAUCAGACCGACAAUCUCAGCACCGAAAGAGCCCAUCGAAAGCGGAUUAUGAUACAUCAAGUAAUCCGGGCUCAGCCAUGGCUACGAGCCGUGUCAGUUCUCCGGUUAUUGGCUCGACGUUGGGUAACUCAUCAGCGUCUCCUAGACCCAGUGAAGAGUGGAAUUCUCCUGCAUAUGCCUCUUUGCCGACUACCGCCCCGCUGGGUUUGGGAUUAUCGACAGAAGAUGCCGUCGACUCUCCUGAAAGGAGCGAGGCAGACACCAGUGCCAAUUUAGCAGCUAGCGAACAGAAUGUGGGGGCCUUAGAGUCAAAACCCUUUCCGCCGGUUGAAGACCGAGAGUCGAUUGACCAAGUGGAAGUGCCCGAGACAACGAGUGAUUCUGUAGCGACCUCGCCCGAGCCUUCAAUUGAGAGUGAGCCCGUUACUGGCUCCCAGGCCACUUCUCAAGCCUCUCGCCGACAGCAGAUACCCAUCACAGCAGACGAGACCCAGAUCGCGGUCGAGCUUAUAUUCGCCGUGAUCAACGAGCUCUACACCCUGUCCUCUGCGUGGAACAUUCGUCGGACGCUCUUGAACGCGGCCAAGACGUAUAUCCUGCGUCCUGGAAGCCCCACAUUAGAGACAAUCCGGGGCUUGCUGCAAGAGUCUAUGAUAGAAGCCCAUACAUCGGACGAUGCUCUUGGAGAGUAUCUGAAGAAGCUCCGGGAAAAUGCUCUUCCCACGGAGACCGAGCUUAAGGCCUGGCCUGCUCCACCCACUGAGGAAGACAAGGCGCAGUUGCGGGAUACGGCGCGUCGGCUUUUCGUCCAACGGGGAAUUCCCCAAGCAUUGACAAGUGUCAUGGGUGCAGCAGCUAGUCGGGAAGCGCUUGAGAAGAUCUUCGAUAGCUUGCAAGUGGAAACGGUGGCUCGAGGAUUUGUCUUUUCGUUGAUGCUACAAGCUUUACGGGUGUUGACAUUAUAGAUCACGAAAUGAAUACUUUAUAUAUGGAGGGUUUCCAACAAUUUCAAUGAGACAUGUUAUAUAUAGUCCCCAUAACACAGAAGCUGCGUACGCCUG